UCCAACCGACCAAGUUUAUUUUCCAUACUACAAAUUUUAAGAGGCUCUCCUAUUCUCUCCCAACUCCACCGUCAACUCUCCAGCGCCGUCGUUGCCGCCACCGCUUUACCGGCAUGUGGACUUCCAUAACCACUUGGUUUACUCCCUCCUCCCUUUUCAUCCUCGUCAACGCCGUCAUCGCCACCAUCGCCAUCACCUCCCGUUUCACCGACGACAAAUCCCACCAUCUCCACGGCGGCCCUGUCCUCCUCCGCCCCCCUUCUUUCCUAGAAAGAGUCCGGUCCUUCAACUUCUCCCCCUACAACUACGACCACAAUCCGGACCCGGUUUCGGGUCCGGGUCCGACGAUGUUGGAGCGGCUCAAAUCCAUAACCCUCAACAGAUCCGAUUCAGUUCGUGAACCGGAAACUGCACCGCCGCCGGCAGAACAGAGUCCAGAGAAGACCCAUCACGACCAUUCCAUCAGUCGGAGCAAAUCCGAAACCCAAACCCAAACCCAAACCCAAACUCCAGCGACAAGCUUACGGCGGCGGUUGCAGAAAUCGCUGAGCGAGAAACUACCGUGGGCGUCGUUCACAACGGCACAGAGCGAAACAGGGGAACUAGUCAGCGAAAUUGAACGGCGGCGUCCGGCGACGGCGAGAGCGGAGAUUGGAGAACCAGAAACGCAGGAAGACGGCGGCGACGACGACGACAAGGAGGUGGAUGUUAGAGCUGACGAUUUCAUCAACAAAUUCAAACAGCAGCUGAAGUUGCAGAGGCUAGAAUCUCUGCUGCGUUACAGAGACAUGGUGAAGGGCGAAAAAUAAAAAAAGGGUCCUCCUUUGUCUUCUUCCUUUCGCCUACAAUCUCUGGUUUAGUACCUUUCUCGUUUGUAUGGAACAUAUCCGCCAUUAAUGGCGGACAUAAGCUCUGUUGAAUGAAUAAUCUCUGUUUUCUAGACGAAAAUUAGUGAAAUCAUGGCCUUACAUUCUCAA